AUCACCGUCAGACAGACUGAGAGAUUCCUGGCCAUCUUGCCUCCAUUUUCCUGACCUGGGGGUCCAGCCAGAGCCUCGGGCUGCCAGGCCCAGCAGCAGGCACUCCACCACGCAGCACCCCGCCCGUCUGCAUGAGGUGCCUUCCUCUGUCUGCUUCCUUCUUUCAUUUUCCCACUGCCUCGUUUUAGCAGAGAUGCCGCUAGAAAGUGUUGGCUGCGAACCUUCUGUCUAGGGACAGUGCUGGGAGGAUCCCUGGCCUCCUCUGAGGACUAGAAUUUGGGAAGCAGGGGUGGCCAGUGCUGGCUGGUGAGAACCUGCAAUAUUUAGGCCCUUGGUGCCCAGAACAGCACCUGAGUCCCGUGCUCAGCAGGUCAGUGGGUACACGGGGCUGUGUCUGUGGGCCGGUGGGGCAGGUCCAGGCCAGCCUGGGGAGCCUGCUUACCCACCUGGUGGGUGCUGGUGAGAGGUGGCUUGGCCCUCCCUGGGAGGGGAGCCCGGAGCCCUCAUUCACCUGAUGAGGUGGAGGCCUGGGGAGUGGGGAGUGGUACCAGAGGCACAUGGACGUGCUAGGUGGGAAGGGCGGACACUGCAGCCUCUUGCAGACACUCCAGGUGGGGUGAGCUCCCUCUUCAUCACCCUCCCAUGUAGGCCUUCCUCCAGGCCAUCGGGUGGAGCACGUGGAGAUUGGGGUGUUGGGGGUGGGUAGGGGGGGCCGUACUAGAAGAUGUGGCUAUUGUGUGCCCCAACCCUUCCAAAGCCAGUGUCUUGUGGACAUCAGUGAAGCCCCACAGAUGAGAACAGCAGUGGCUGACUCCAUGAGAGCAUGGAGUGGGGGUCAUAGGUCACUUGGAUUUGGCAGAGACCCAGAGGCAGGCAGACCUCAGAGGGGAGGGCCUCAGGUGGGCCCCCACAGAGGCUAGGGCCCUGGGGGCUGGGGCUGGGCCCUCAAGUGGGUGUCCCGGAGGUCCACACCCCCACCCCACCCCAGUCUCCACUUGCUCCACCGAAUAGCCUGGAGGAAGGCCUACAUGGGGGGAGCAGUGCUGUGGAAGCUGGCAGUCUUGGGCCACCUCCUGGCAGGUUCAGCCUGAAGGAAGUCCUCUGUGGGAGAUCAGGGCUGAUUUUUGGGGUGGAGCCCAUGGAUCCCCUUCCUGGGGAGGACAGUGCAGCCCCGGCGAUCCCCCCGCUGAGGCCAGGUGAGAAGUUCCACCUGUUUGUGAGUUACAGCAGCGUGGACGCCGUGUGGACCCACGGGCUCAUCAGCCGCCUGGAGGCGGACCUGUCAGGAAUGAAGGUCUGCCUGCACGAGCGGGACUUCACCCCCGGCAGGAACGUCCUGGAGAACAUGGCCGAGUGCAUCCAGCAGAGCCAGAAAGUGCUGCUCAUGCUGAGCCAGGACUUUGUGCAGAGCCGGUGGUGCCUCCUGGAGGCUGAUCUGUCGCUCUUCGGGUCCUGCCUGGAGAGGAAGCCCGUCAUCCCGGUCCUGCUGAGGCCUUGCCAGAUCCCGCUGCACCUCAGCCACCUGACAUACCUGAAUGCCGCCGACAGCUGCUUCUACAGCAAGGCGCUGCAGCUCCUCUGCACGCCCAACCACCUCCUGGCACGCUUCCCACCAGCCCUGCGUCCGGCCUCCUCCCUCUACAAUGGGAAGACCCUCCUGACCCUAAACUGCGUCAACAGGGACAGCCUGCCCUCGUGGAAGGUGGGGACCUUUAGCACCCUGGGUGUCCCAGACCCCCUGAAGGAGGUGCUGGGGGACCCCGAGGUGUACAAGCAUGCUGUGGGCAUCCUGAAUGGCAUGCAGUCCCCCCGCUCCUGCCUCCGGUACAUAGGCUGCAGAAUCCCUCUCGGCAUCUUCCUGAUUAUUAUCUCCUUGGCACUGAUUUUCCUCCCCUUGAUUCUGGGGCUCCAGGAAAAAGCACCGGCUCAGCAGUUCCUCGUGAUCGCCGGCAACAUGUUUUUCUGCCCCCUCUUCAUGGUCUUAGCCGUGAACACCCUGUGCUGGUCCAGGAGGUUUUCCAAGAAGAAGAUGCGGGAGCUGGUCCUCAGAGUGGGGGAGGCCAACCUCCUGCUGGCACAGCACUCAGUGCUCAUGGGCUGCGACACAGCAAACAAACUCUACUUCGUGCAUGUGCUGCUGGAGAAGUGCAGGCAGGUCUUCCUGGAGGCGGCAUCCACGGGGGAGGGGGAGGGUCUGUUCCAGGAGGCCCUGCUGCAGUUCUCCUGUGGCUACGCCUGCUGCCUGGCCCAUGCGCACUUCCCCCACUGUGAGGACGUGGAUGCAGAAGGGGCUGGCGGCCACCUGGAGCUGGGUCUGUGCUUCUGCCAGUUUGUCUUCCUGCAGCUGAAGAGGCGUGGUGGGGUUGGGAGUGACCUCGUGUGACGGCAGGAGGGGCAGCCGGGUUAGCUGUGCAGCGCUGGGCAGCUCUCAGGCCCCUGCACCCCAGAGAACCCCACAGAGCCUGCUCCCGGGGAAAGGCAGCUAUGUCAGCUCACCUGGCCGGGCAUCUUGCUCUAGCCUGACGGUUUGCCCAAGAGGCAUUGUUCAAACUACCCGAGAGGAGGCUGGGGAGAGCAGCAGGCUUGCCUUGGGCCCCUCAGGUCCUCUUAGGAACUGGCCUCCCCUCGGGAGGACAGUCACUGCCCAUCUCUGGAUGGCCAUUCAGUGUCUGCGUGGCUGGGGCCCUGGAGCCCCUCUCUGAACAGCCCCCCAGGCACCUGCCCUUCAUGCUGGGGUGAGGAGACGAGACAGAAACCAGGCUGACCCCAAGGAAUUGGGCUGGACACCCCCGGCUGCUGGGCACGCACACACAGAUAGCCUGUGCUCCUGCUGUGCACACCAGGGGCCUGUGGGGUGGUGGUCACUGCUACGCUUGGAUGGAGCUGGGAGGCCUGCGUUUGUCCUCGGCAUAGACACGCCGUCAGGCCUGGGUCUGUGGCCACUGAUGCCAGACUGGGUGUGCCCCGUCUGCUAUGCUCCCUCCCUUCCUGCCCUCCUGCCAAGUCCUGAAAUGAAGACCUCCGCCUGCCUUCAUCUUCCCCUCCUGGGGAAGGGCCACUCCAUCUGCGCUGACCCUGUCCUUGCUGCCCCCGAAGGCUGGCUCUCCAGGCGCAGGUGCCUUCAUGGUGUCUCUGGCACCUCUGCUGACGCUGUUCAUAACGUGAACUGGCCUGGAUGCUGGGGACACAGCAGGACAGCAUGAAACGGAGCUGUCACCCAGCAAGCACCCUGCUGAGCUCCAGGGCCCCUCCACUCUGCCCAUCCUGGGGAAUGAGCCAGACCCCCAAGCCCCACACCUGUACCACUGUAUGCUCAGCGUGGAGCGGCCUGGGGCUCUGCCCUGGGCCUCGGUCUCCCUGUCUGUAAGGAGCAGCUGACAGGUGAUCUCCUGCCACAUUUGGAGUUGGGUGCCAGGCAGAUGUUCCUGGGAGCCCUUGGGCCCAUGGCCAAGUGCUAGGCUGUCAAGAGUGUAGCUUGGCCACAUGGUUUCGCUGCCUUGCAUUCACUUUGUUUGGCCAAGCAUCCUGCGAGGCCUUAAACUGGCCCUCACCACCCUGCCAGCAUGCCCCAGACAGCAGCCACGUCAUCACAAGCGAAGGUAAGUCCCUGAUCUGAUGCCCAGCAGCCCAUGUGAGAAACAACUUCCUGCCCCCCAGGACUUUCCCUUACUUGCCCCUUACAAAAGACCCCCAUGAACCUUAACAAAACCCUGUUCUUUUGGUUCAAAUUGACCAAUCCCAUCCUGUUCAGGGAACCCCAAAGCACUCCAGCCAUGGCCCCUGAAAAAGGUAUGUCCUGCCCCUGCUGGUUCCCUGCCCUGCCCUCCCCAAGUGGCCUCUUGAGGCGUGUUGUGUGCUUCCUCCAGGAUCUGUGAAUAACAAACUUCUCUAUUUCCAUUUCUCUUGUGAAAGAGAACAGUCUUGUGACCUGUUGCUAAACCACGCUCGCAACCCAGCGCCCCGUGGUCCACUUAGUGUCAGCAGGGCAAAGCCGUGACAUGCAUCCUGAUGGAAGCUGGUGCGGAGUCUGGCUUAGUCACCUGCCUGGGAGGACCCCCUUGAGAAGAGAUUGACCAGAGGCCGAGAAGUGGGGGGGCUCUGGGCAAGGGGACAGCAUAAUCAGAGACGUCAGACAGCAUAAGCCCGGGUCCCAGGGAAGAGCCCAGGCCUUGGAGGGCUUCUGAAACAGGGCCCAGCACAGCGCCCCCCUGUGGCAAGUCAGCCUCGCUCCCCUGCACAUUUAAGGGCUGGGGGCAGGCGAGGAGCCAGCGUUCCAAGAGGUGGUGGCGGGCACUGCCAAGCGGGGGGAGUGUCCUGGGAGUCUCAGGGCUCGCUGGCAGCUUUGGGUGCUGGAACUUGCCUGAGAGCAGUGCUUGGCACUAGAACCUACCCCAGCGGGCCCCGGCACCGGGUCUCUCAGAUGUCCUGGUAGAGGCACUGUCAGGGCCCCAGGUGGGGAAGGAAGCUCACACCUGGACUCCGUCAGGUCCCUCAUCAGGACCCGGCAGGCCUAGCGCACCCACUCUGGGCCAGGGACGAGCUCGCAGGAAGCACAACUGGCAUAUAUGGGCACCAAGGGGCCAAUUCGAGGCCACACUGCCUCACCCGCCCCGGCUGAGGGUCUACCCAGUGCCCAGAAUUAGGCUGUGCCAGAGAAUGCAGAACCCUGGCAUGAAGCUAGGCAACUGGUCGGGCCUUUCAGGACUUGGACUCCUGGCAGUAGCACUGGGAGCCCAGGACAGUGCCCAGGGCUGGGGUCGAGGCCCUGUGUGCACACACAUGCACACACACACGUGCACAUGCACCUGGCCCCACUGCUCAGCAGGCGAGCCACAUAAUGAUAGGGGCAUUCCUGCCUCUUCGUGCUGUACUGUGGGAUGGGUGGACCAAAAGGAAGUGAUAGGCCUGUCACUCCAGAAGGCCUAGAUUUUUUAAGUCAUGAAAUGACAGGUUUGUGUAUACUCAAUAUAGGAAAACAUUUAAAGGAACCAUUUUACUACACUGUUGAUCUUUCACCCAGGCUGUGGUAAAUCCAAGCCUCUUUCACACUGUGCCCAGGACAGGAAUGCCAAGGAGGCUGAGUCUGUGGGCCCUCGUCCCUCCAGCCUGCAGUCCCUGCCUCAGCCAGCCCCUUCUCUGGCUCCCCGGGUUGCAUCUGGUCAGCCCCCCAGUCCCUGUACAGAUGCCUCCUCUGGGGCCAAACAGCAUCACUGCGGAGGCACAGUCCCCCAGAGUGCCCACCAGAGAGCAGGGUCCGGAGGGGGUUCUCUGAGGGACUGCCCAUGCUGACCAGCCCCAAACACCCACCCCAGAGCUGCACCCCCGGACCUGGGGCUCCAGAACCCUGGGGCCCCAGCCACCUUGCAACAGCCUGGACACAGGGCUGCCCUGCGCCACACCACCUACCCUGGCCCCUUGGCCUCGCCACCUGUGCCAGCAGUCAGUGGCUGGGGGUCUGAUGGGCCCUGUCCCCAGGCUGCUGGAGUCCCCACCCCCAGGCACACCGCAACACCCGGGAGCCACAACCUUCACAGCAGAGGGCAGUGCUGACCCCUGCUGUCUGCCCCAGGCCCCUUGGUCUCCCACCCCACAGAGCCCUCAAAGGCACUGCCCUGCCAGGUGUGGAAGGUGGCACCUCCCAUGGCCCUGGGAGCUCCACCUCGUGCAGAUGCCCCCAAAAGUGUCUCUGGCCUGUCCUGGUCUCAUUCUCAGCAGGAUGAGCUCAGGCAGGCUGGGGUCUGUGGACCCCAGGGAGGGCUGAGGUUCUAACCAGCCCUCGGAGCCCCUCCAAAGGUCACCAAGUACCCGGGCAGUUGUCCAAGGUCUGCCCUCAGUCCCGGCAAGCCACCCACCAUGCCCACGCCGAGGGGCUUCUGUGCCACAGGUGCCGAGGCCUCCGCAGCAGCCCCUCCCUGACCCAGCAGGCUUCCCAUGACACAGGACAGGCAGGUCUCCAGGACAAGCCUGCCACAUCCUGCUGACCCCCACUGCAGCUUGGGCCUGGCUCUGGAAGAAGUGACCCCCAGGGACUCUCAGACCUCCCCCCAGGUCCCUAGGUCCCUCCACAGACAGACCUCCUGGCUAGGCUCUGCCCUGUAGGUCAGGUGAGCCCCCCAUGGACAGUGGGGGAAGAGCCAGAGCUGCCCUCACCACGACCCUCCCACAGAGAGGUGGGAGGAGGUGAGAGGAAGGGGGUGUGUAGCCAGGAGAUAGUGCGAGUGGUGCACGUGGCUGGUGCACCGUGGGACUGGUUGCUGUGCACAUGCGUGUGCCUGCGUGUGUGUGUGCGUGCAUCCCCAGCCUGGGCAGUGCUCUGGAAAUCACACCUACCCAGACAAGAUUCACAUUAUGGUCAGAUCGCUCACAUUGAAGCACAUCUUCAAAGAGCACAGGUCGCAGCAGGGCUGACCACCAGGCCCCGAGCAGUGCCGCCGGGAGGGACGUCGUCCAGGCCCCCUGCACGUUUCCCAGCUUGGUCUGUGGGUGCAGGGAUUUCCUCCCCAGUUGAGCACACAAGACUCCUCACAGCCUCCCUGAACCUUUCAUCCCUGCAAGGCUCUCACCGGACAGUGGACCUGGGACAGGCUCUGUGCCUAAGGAUUUUUUUUUUUUAUUAAGGUAUCAUUGAUAUACGCUCUAAUGAAGGUUUCCCAAGGAAAACAAUGUGGUUAUUACAUUCACCCUUAGUAUCGACUCCCCCUCAUACCCCACAGCAGUCACUGUCUGUCAGUGUAGUGAGAUGCCACAGAAGGAUGAAUUGUUUUUAACUCUUGGACGUUGCAUUUGAUGCUAUCCAAGCCUCCACAUCUCCAUCUCCCUCAGGAGGAACCUCCCGGGCUGUGAGCCAGACUCAGGCCUCCCCUACACCAGUGUGCACACAAACGGCAGUGCCUCGGUGUUGCCCCCGAGGGUGGUGAGCGGGAGGCUGGCCUGGUUAUGGGUCCUGGGGCAUGUCACCCUGGUCACCCUGCAGGCCACACUGUGAGGUCCUACACCCCACCUGCGGGAAGCUGGCAUGGGAUUCCUCUCCCCACCUCCAACUGGUGAGAGAUUUUGCAGUAAAUUUUGGGUGUGACUAAAAUGUAAAGGAUGUUCAGAGGAUGCAUAGGAUCCUGGGCUGAAAACGGAGCUCGACUCACGAAGGGUCAGCCACUGCAGGGGCCUGGCGGGGGCACGGGCUGAGUCCCACCCCACACCCUAACCCUGGCCAGAACCCAUACCCUCUGGCCUGAGGCAGCAUGUAAGUAAGCAAGCAUGAAAGACAUUAUAGUGUUUGCGACUUGUUUUCAUUUGAGAUGGUUUGAGUUUUAUCUCAACCUUGAGGUUUAGUUUAAGAAUUUUAGUUUAAGGUCUGAGUAGACUGAUUUUAAGUUCCGACUAACUGAAUGUGGGCAGUGCACAAAUGCUAAGUUCACAGAGGUUUUGAUAGUUUAUAGGUCUGAGCUACUAGAUGUUCAAAUUGCUCAGGAGAAUCUGAUGUAUCAGUUUAUGAUCAGAGUGAAAUACCAAGGGAGUCUAAUUAACUGAGUUUGUCGCAUUCAUCGUAUGUCUAAGAAUUUAGAGAAGCUGAAUAUAUCUAAUGUAUAAGUUAGUAAAAUAUUAAAGAAUAAAUGAGGACAAACAAAAAAUUACUAGGUUUAUAAUAAGCUUUAAAUGAGCUUUAAAGCUUGAGAAAAGCUGUUUUUUAAUUUGUAAUUGUCACGAAAUUUUACAAUUUUACAAAUUAAAAAAUUUUAACCCAGCAAUUGUACUUCUAGGAAUUUGCCCUGAAGAUAAAUCUCCAACAAUAAAAAUACAUAAGUUCCUCACUGCAGCUUUGUUUUUAUGGCAAACUAGUGUGGACGGCCUAAAUGCCCACACGGGGCGGGGUGAACAGGUGCAGCUGCGCUCCGGGCUGUGGGGCCCGGAAGGGAAGGACAGUCCCUGUGCUCGCUGUGGGGGUGCAGGUGAACACGGUGUGACAAGGAUGCAGUAAGUAUUUUUGGCCUUGGUUCCCAGUUCCUGGUGCAGAGCUCCUAAAACCCUUGGAACAUCCUGAGUGACAGGGGUGUCUUCAGUUACCCAUAACCACACCUGAGUUUAUGCUAAUGAGGUGGUUCAGGUGGGGCCCCUAGAUGGCCUCAGGAUGGAGGCUGCUUAGAAAGACCUCAGGGAGUGGGCGGGGCCUGGACACUGGGUCCUGAAAGCCAAGAGCCGGGAGAUGGGAGAGCUCCCCGGUGGGUGGACCCGUCAGGAAGUGCUCCCUGCCCACACCUCACCCUGUGUCUCGUCCAUCUGUGGCCCGGCGCUGUGUCCUUGAUAAGAAACUGGUUAUCUUGUUAAGUAAGGUGCUUUCCUGAGUUCUGUGGGUCGAUCGAUUGAGUUAUUGAACCUGAAGGGGGAUGACCCAAGUUUGUAGUCUGGCUGGACAGAAAUGCAAGUGGCACAGGGGCCCAUACUUGGGAGGGGGUCUGACUUGAGGGGAGUGCCCAGCCUGUGCGUGCGGUCUGUGCUGGUCCCAGGUAAUUACUGCCAGCACUGACUUGUGGGACAUCUAUUGGCGAAUUAGCCAUUGUGCUGUGGGGAAAAAACUUUUCAGGAAAAAAUGUGAAGUAGGAGAAAUUUUAAAAUGCACCUGCAUCUGACUGUUUUUGCAAAAAGAUACACAGAGAGGCUGAACUAGGACGACUUCUAGUAAGUCUGAUUUCUGAUCCCCUUCAGGCGGUGGGUGGCUUAUCUCAGACAACUUUUGUAUGGUUCUGCCUUUUGGAGGACAGGAGGGAGGGGAGGAGAGGGCGGAAGGACAGGAGGGGAGGUGAGGAUGCCGGGCACAGCGCACCUGGAUGGUUUCCCUCCAGGUCUCCCGUCUGGCCACUGAGCAGCGCCAACUGCUCCACUGCCCAGACCCCCAACCUAGUGUGCGUAAAAUUGUAAUAUUUCCAUAAUAUCUCGCCUGGCUUUAGUACAGC